AUGAGCACGGCGGGACUCCGACUCCGUACCACCACACUCCGAGUUCGCAUGGUGAAGACUGGAUCCCUCGGUGCGGUAGUGGACGCUGGCCGACUCUGCACGACGACGGCCCACCUUCACCUACCUCGUCUGAUGCCGACACGAUUACGCAGCUAUCUGCUGUGCUCGACGACGCCGACAUGCCGGCCGAUAAUGAUAGUCAACAGCGGGGGUUGCGAUGAGACGAGGGUAGACAUGCGGGUGAUGCGUGCGCGUAUGGGGAUGGGGAUGGGUCGGGGAGGAUGGUGCAUGCUUGUGGAGUUGAGCGGGUCGCCCUCCAUCCCGCCACCUCCACCAGCACCAGCACCCGCACCAACCGUCGUCCAAGCCAAAGCACUAUGGGCCUACAACCUCGACGCCUCUGACCCCGACGAUCUCUCCUUCGCGGCUGGGGACAUCAUCGCCAUUGUCGAAGAGACCAACGCGGACUGGUGGCUUGGCGAGCACAACGGCUGCAGGGCCCUCUUCCCUGCGAACUAUGUCGAGAAGAUCACCGCGCCUGCACCUGCAGCUAGGACUCUUCCUCCCGUGUAUAUCCCGCCUACGGGUGGUCGAUCCGUCCCUCCAGCUCCUGCUGCGACACAGAAGAAAGAGUACAAGCCCUUCAUGGCUGCCCAUUCUGGCUCCAACGUCCCUCCGCCUCCUGGGGCGGGUACCAACUCUGUUGGUCUCCAGCAGGACCCCGGCCAGGAUGGGAAGAAGAGCAAGUUUGGGAAGUACGGUAAUACAAUGGCUCAUUCUGCUGCAGGUGGUGUAGGCUUCGGUGCGGGUGCUGCUAUUGGGUG